GAGCUAGCCUCCAAUAGAGGGCGGGGCCCGCGCGGGGACUUCCCUGGGGCCGAGCUGCGCAGCGGGGUUUUGGCCAAAUUGGGCGAGGGCACAAAAUAACCACUUACCCCUUCUCACCGAGGAAGAACGGGAGAAAGGGGAUGGCACAGUCUCAAGGCUGGGUGAAAAGAUACUUCAAGGCCUUUUGUAAAGGCUUCUUUGUGGCGGUGCCCGUGGCAGUGACUUUCCUGGAUCGGGUUGCCUGUGUGGCAAGAGUGGAAGGAGCUUCAAUGCAGCCUUCUUUGAAUCCUGGGGGGAGCCAAUCAUCUGAUGUGGUGCUUUUGAAUCACUGGAAAGUGAGGAAUUUUGAAGUACAACGUGGUGACAUUGUAUCAUUAGUGUCCCCUAAAAACCCAGAACAGAAGAUCAUUAAGAGAGUUAUUGCUCUUGAAGGAGAUAUUGUGAAAACCAUGGGACACAAAAACCGCUAUGUCAAAGUCCCCCGUGGUCACAUCUGGGUUGAAGGUGAUCAUCAUGGACACAGUUUCGACAGUAAUUCAUUUGGGCCGGUUUCCCUGGGACUCCUGCAUGCCCAUGCUACACAUAUUCUGUGGCCUCCAGAGCGCUGGCAGAAAUUGGAAUCUGUUCUUCCUCCAGAACGCUUGCUAGUUCAGAGUGAAGAGGAUGACGGCCUGCCUGGAUCUCUCUGAGCUGCUAUCAAGAGGAGGCACCCCCACACCAAUCACAGGAAGAGGGAUGGAGAAGAGGAACAUCCAGAAGGGCAAAGCUUCCCACAAGAUGAGGCUGUGCAAGAAACAUUUCUAUCAUAUUAAGAUGAUCUGCAUUAUUAGAGAAAGUUUUAAAAUAUUAAACGGAAUUAAAUGGCACCUGAUUUUGUGUUAAAUUGUAAUACCUGUUUAAUGCCAAAAAAUAAAAAAGAUGCAGACUUUGGGGAAUAUGAAAAUUGUAUUCCCAUAUGUCUCAAAAGGGAUAAAUUUGGUUUUUUUUUAUGCAUAUAUAUUCUACUGAUUGUUAGGUUUUGAUUUUGGAGUUUGCUGCUGGAAGAAUAUGACAACUAAUAUUUGAUGAAAGUAAAUGACAUUGCUCAGUUACUCUUAAGAUGGAAUAUGAGAAACAUUAUACACAUAGUGAUAGGAAUUAUAAUUGACUAUCUACAAUGCAGUGACUGUUGGGAAGAAAAGUAAACUGAUGUAAAAAUAAAACACGGAUUUGCUCA